AUGCUGUUAAGAAGUUCUAAAUUACGGAUUGAAGAUUACGCCAAUCUUACAAUGAGACCACGUCUACAAUCUGUGACCGGCGCCGCAUCGCCGCCGGCGCGGCGGCAGGCAGCGUCGCAACAUUUGCAUAAUAAUGCACGUUGCAGCGCCGGCUAUUUAAUGAAAAUCGCUACACUAGCUACUCACAAUAAACCAGAGUACCAGAUCGCUUAA